GACACAGCCUCAUUUGGGACGGACACUGUCUACAACUACGCGAAGGAUGCAGGUUUCAGGAGAGUCGGGGGUUUUGUUGAGAUGCUGAACUUCGAUGAGCCCAAGCAUGUCAUCUUGAACAAGAUUGCAGCGUUGAGGCGGAAUGGCUGGUUCAAUCUCAAGCAGGGGUCCUUGGUUGUGGAGCUUCUAGUAUGGAACGGCAACGUGGAGCGCCUGCUGCACACGGCCUUUGUUUUCGAGCAUGACUUCAGCGGAAAGACGGAGACACAGGUCCUUGUCAGCAGUCUCGCGUUCAACAUCCACGACCUGAACGCAGUUCCAACCUACUUUCUCUUCGCCCUCUACCUUGUCAUUAUCGUGUGCUUUGUCUUCUUCUUGCGUGCGCAGAUUGAAGAUAUUUCGGCUGACUACCGGGCCUAUCUUUCUGAGCCAAUGGGCUACAUCAAGCUGGCCCUCUUCUGCCUUUGCUUCUACUGCAUCGUGCAGUACUUCACCAUCGUCUUCUCAUACAUGUUCCUGAACUUCCGACUGCCAAUGAAGCCCUCCGACUUUCAAGAAGUGGCAGAGCUGACGAUGAACAACGAAGAUCUCAAGGUGGCGGUGUCUGUCACCACGUGUCUGCUGUUCGUUCAGGCUAUCGCAGAGUGCUGCGCAGUCCUUCCGCAGUUGCAGCUCCUGGUGCACUCCAUGGGCGUCGUGAAGGAACACUUGGCUGCCUUCAUCGUGGCCUUCUUUAUCAUGGUUCUUGGUUUCGGCUUGGGGGGCAUGUUUGCCCUGGGCUGGAAGGUUGGGGAAUUUGGCUCUAUGCCACACAGCAUCCUCACGGUGGUGGAGAUGAUACGGGGAAAGUCCAACUACCCAACCAUCAUCUCUGCAGAUGGGGACUUCGGCGAUGCUUACUUCCUCUUCUUCCACUUCUUCUUCCUGAUCUUUCAGCAGUUCUUGCUCGCAAUCUUGGUCGUGGGUUACAUGAAGGUGCGCAAGAGGCAUGCCGACUCUGAACAGGUAGAAACACCUCUGCGGCGAAUAUUCCGCUCUGUGAAGAGUGCCCUGUUGCACCUCAGUGCGAGCAUCCGAAGCCGCCUCAUUUCCUUGCAGCAGAUCUUCUUCGGCACUCAAGCCGCCAGCAAGACAGUGGACUAUGAACAGGUAGCACGUCUUCGCGACAAGCGGGCUACGAAGCCAAAGAUCCGCAACGUUCUCUACGAGAAGAGACCAGGGAACGACGAUGAGAGCGUGGACAUUGCCAAG